UGGGCUUUUGCCAUUCCCUUUUUAUAUUUAGGAAUAUCACAGAAGUGUGUGUAUGUGUGUGUGUGUGGGGGGGGUUUAGAAGCAGUUUUUUUCUCUUCCCGUGCGUAAACUGGAGAGGUGGUUCUCCACAUUCUUAGGAGUUUGCGCUUCACUUUCAGACUGAGCGCUUUAUUUGGAGCUCGUGUCCCGGGUCUCUUUGCCUCCGCGAGGGUCCCCUGCGGCGCACGGAUUACAAUGCAAAGGGUUUUGGAGCUUUGGGUCACCUUGGUGACCGUCAGCGCGCUGACCGAGGGGGUCUCCGGAGGGUACGGCCUGAGCAUGUUCGCCGCGCAGUCCUCGCCGCCGGACCCGUGCUACGACGAGAACGGCAACCCUCGCAGAUGCAUCCCGGACUUCGUCAACUCCGCUUUUGGCAAAGACGUGCGCGUGUCCAGCACCUGCGGCGGCCCCGCGGCCCGGUACUGCGUGGUGGCCGAGAAGGAAGAGGAGCGCACGCGGGACUGUCACACGUGCGACGCCGCGGAUCCCAAGAAGUCGCACCCCUCCGCGUACCUGACGGACCUCAACAACCCGCACAACCUCACCUGCUGGCAGUCAGAGAACUACGCGCAGUACCCGCAGAACGUCACGCUCACCCUGUCGCUGGGCAAGAGGUUCGAGGUGACCUACGUGAGCCUGCAGUUCUGCUCGCCUCGACCCGAGUCCAUGGCCAUCUACAAGUCCAUGGACUACGGCAAGUCGUGGGUGCCGUUCCAGUAUUACUCGACCCAGUGCAAGAAGAUGUACAACCGGCAGAAUAAAGCCGCCAUCACCAAGCAGAACGAGCAGGAGGCCAUCUGCACGGACUCCCACACGGACAUGCACCCUCUGUCCGGCGGCCUCAUCGCCUUCAGCACCCUGGACGGCCGGCCGUCGGCGCACGACUUCGACAACUCCCCGGUGCUGCAGGACUGGGUGACGGCCACCGACAUCAAGGUGAUCUUCAGCCGGCUGCACACGUUCGGCGACGAGAACGAGGACGACUCGGAGCUGGCGCGCGACUCCUACUUUUACGCGGUGUCCGACCUGCAGGUCGGGGGCCGGUGCAAGUGCAACGGGCACGCGUCGAAGUGCGUGAAGGACCGAGAGGGGAACCUGGUGUGCGAGUGCAAGCACAACACCGCGGGACCGGAGUGCGACAGGUGCAAGCCGUUCCACUACGACCGGCCGUGGCAGCGCGCCACCGCGCGCGAGGCCAACGAGUGCGUCGUGUGCCACUGCAACCUGCACGCCCGCCGCUGCCGCUUCAACAUGGAGCUGUACAAGCUGUCAGGCCGGAGGAGUGGCGGCGUCUGUCUCAACUGCCGUCACAACACGGCCGGACGCCACUGCCAUUACUGCAAGGAGGGUUACUACAGGGACAUGACCAAGUCCAUCUCUCACCGCAGGGCUUGCAAAGCAUGCGACUGCCAUCCGGUCGGAGCAGCGGGGAAGACGUGCAACCAGACGACGGGCCAAUGCCCCUGCAAGGACGGCGUGACGGGAAUCACCUGUAACCGCUGUGCCAAGGGCUACCAGCAGAGCCGCUCCCCCAUCGCGCCCUGCAUCAAGAUCCCGGUCGCAUCUCCGACAGCAACUCACACCGCCUACGAGGAGCCGUCAGACUGCGAGACCCACUGCAAAGCGUCCAAGGGAAAGAUGAAGAUCACGAUGAAGAAGUACUGUAAAAAAGACUACGCUGUCCAAGUGCACGUGCUGAAAGGAGACAAGGCGGGCGAGUGGUGGAAGUUCACCGUCAACAUCAUCUCCGUCUACAAACAGGGCGAGCACCGCAUCCGCCGCGGCGACCAGCUGCUGUGGGUGCGCGCCAAGGACGUGGCGUGCAAAUGCCCCAAGAUCAAGCCGGGCAGGAAGUACCUGCUCCUGGGGGCCGACGACGACUCCCCCGGGCAGAGCGGCGUGGUGGCGGACAAGGGGAGCCUGCUCAUCCCCUGGAAGGACCUGUGGGGCCGCCGGCUGAGGAAGUUCCAGCAGCGCGACAAGAGGGGGAAGUGCUAAGAGUUCUGCCGGUGGCGAGCGGCAGAGAGAGGGAAAAGGAGGAGGAGGAGGAGGAGGAGGAGGAGAAAAACGGCGUCUCUCCGCUGGGAUGGAUGCGAAGGAGGAGAGGAGGAUGAAUGGAAAGAAGUAAAAAAAUAAACUGGAAGAAUGUCAAGAUAGAAAGACACAGGUGCAAAGUAGAGGAGAUGGGGGAACGGCCGAGUGCUGCUGCUCUGCGUUGGAGCGAAGAGAUUAGUGUUGUUGUUGUUGUUGUUUUUCAGACGUUUUGUGAAGGAGCUCGUUCUACAGUCGUUCCGUUUCUGUUCGUCUUUCAAGGUUUGUGUAAUUGCAGAGUUUGCACCUCAUGUUGCAGAUACGUCACCCUGACUCUUGACCCCCCCCCCCCCCCCCCCCGUGGCAUUGAGGGCCUCCACUCGUGUGUUUGGAAGUUUUCUUCUGUAACCGCCAAACUUUGGAUAAACUCUCCGUCAACGGCUAAAAGUGAGAGAAACUAAAUUGUGGAAACGUGACGGGCUCCAUCUCCCCGCCUCAGAGACAACGUGGGUGUGAUCGCCAUGACGACCCUCUGCUCACUCUGCAGUAAUGAUCCCAUCUCUGCUCGGCGCUUAUCGAUAUAUAUAUACAUACAUCUAUAUAGAUGUAUGUAUAUAUGUAUCUCAACAGUAUCUGGAUGCAUGUAUCGUAACCGUAGGUGCGUACGUAGACAGUAUUCUUAGUAGAGGAAGCCGUAGCAUCGGCUCCAUGUAGAGUAGACGUGUCCACCAUGCACUUAUUCUCACUAGUGUUGGAACGUUUGAGAUACGUUCACGAAGAAGAAUCCCCCCGCACCGUGAGGACCACGGGAAGAAAAGCUGGACAGGUCAAACUCUGCUGGCCUCGCUACACACAGAAAGAUGAAGGAGCCAUCUGGAACCGAAAAUGAGAGUGAUGCCACGGAAGAACCGUUUCUGGUUCCACAAAGAACCUUUCAAACUAAGGUUCUUUAAAGAACCAUGUCUUUAAAUAGUUCUUUAAAGAACCUAUAAAGGUGUCUCAAAGAACCUUCAAAACAUGGUUCUUCAAGGCACCAUUUGUGGUUCCACAAAGAACCUUUCAAAUCACGGU